ACGACGACGACUUUGCCCGUAGCGCCGUCCGUUUGUCCGUCUGUAUCCCGAGCACGAAAAUUUUUGUACACAAUGCUGUGCUAAGGCAUUGGUAUACAAUAUUUCUGUGGAUCGACCAUCUGGGAACAAAGCAAACGAUAUGAACAGUCUAGCGUUCAGUUUGGCCGAAACUCUAAUUCCAUCCACAUACGUUCAACAAGGACUGAACGCCAAGAAGACACGAGAAAAUCUUAUACGACAUUUCAUAGAACACCGGAAAUGGCCAGAAGAGGGAUGGGAUGACGCGACAAUAGAAGCUUUCUUCUCGGACUUAUCCCAAAUGGACAGCAAUAAUUUUCCGUCCAACUGCAGCGUCGGCGAAAGAGAGGCCAGAAUAGCAUCAAACAUCGUUGCUCGCAGACACUUUCGUAUGGGCCAUGGGAUUGGUAGGUCAGGAGACUUGGAGGAGGUGCAGCCUAAGGCGGCAGGCAGUAGUCUUAUGUAUAAGUUGACGAACGCAUUAGUUCUCGACGUGAUACGAUACAUGGGGGUAAAGAGCAUAGCAGGUUGCUUUGUAUCGCCAAUGGCGACAGGGAUGAGUCUGGUACUCUGUAUGUUGACGCUGAAGCAGGACAGACCGCGAGCAAAGUACGUGCUUUGGCCAAGGAUUGAUCAAAAGUCAAGUUUCAAAUCGAUCGUCACGGCAGGACUGGAGCCAGUUGUUGUUGAGAUGCAAAUUGUUGGCGACGAGUUAAAGACCGAUUUGCAGAGGCUGGAGGCUCAGAUGGCUGCGCUUGGUGAAAGCGUCGCCUGUGUUUUAACUACCACCAGCUGUUUUGCUCCACGGGCCUGUGAUUCAAUCGAUUUGAUAGCAGCGCUCUGUACACAAUACAACAUACCUCAUUUAGUGAACAACGCAUACGGAUUACAGAGCACAAGAUGUAUGCAUCUUAUUCAAGAGGCGUCCAGAAAGGGACGCGUCGACGCGUUUGUUCAAAGCACAGACAAGAACUUUUUGGUGCCAGUUGGGGGAGCGGUGAUUGGAUCCUUUGAUAAGAACCUACUCGAUAGAAUUUCAAAAAUGUAUCCGGGCAGAGCGAAUGCGAGCUCAACGAUGGACGUGCUGAUAACUCUCCUGGGACUCGGAAUGGCUGGAUACAAGCAGUUAAUCACGCAACGCAAAGAGACCUACUCGUACUUGAAAGACGAACUCGGAAAGUUAGCCUCCAGACACGGAGAGAGGCUCCUGGAUACCAAGGGAAACCCGAUAUCCAUGGGAAUGACGCUACAGUCACUGAGCCAUCAGCACGACAAUAAACAAGUAACGAUGUUGGGCUCGAUGCUGUUUUUGAGAAAUGUUAGCGGUACUAGAGUCAUCACGACCACAGAUUCAAAGCACAUUGUUUCACACAAGUUUGAAGGUUGGGGAGCGCACAACAGCAACUAUCCGGUGCCCUAUUUAACAGCAGCCGCUGCUUUGGGUAUGAAAAAAUCAGAUGUCGACUCGUUUGUUCAACGUCUGGACAAAGCUAUGAUAAAAGUGAGGCGGCGCUCUGCUCCUGCUACACCGACAGCUUCUCUAGCCGGUUCUAGCAUCAAUGGAGACACCGGAGGCGCCGGGGGACCUGGCGAAUCAAGCACAGCUUCGACUAGCCGAGCGAGCAGCAAAGACAGCCUGAGAAAGUGAACCGUGAUCAACGCGACCGGUCAGUCCAAUCAGCACAUUAACAUGUAAGUGUUGAACACUUGUGAUAAAAAGAUGUCACGUGUUUCUAAGAUAUGACAAACGUUUUUACAUCCAUCAGUUUCAACAAAGCUGAUUAACUCUCUUGUGAAUAGACAAAGGUAUUGACGAUUAUUUCGUUAGAAAACACUUUGUUUGACUUUCCAUAGAUUGGUCAGGUGUCAUUGACGAUACUUGAGUAUUCAUCAGUGAUAUUUUACUAAUAGAUUAUAAAUCAGUUAUAAAUAGAAUACUGUGAAUAUCACGUCAAGCUUGAUUGUCUUUUGAUGAAAGAUUGUCGAAUGAGAAACACGGUAAAACAAAGUUAUGUUCUGGGUACACGUGACUUCUAAAUGCGCUGGUUUGUCUGUCCGUUCGCGUUGAGAAACCGUUUGAAUUAAGUCAUUGCAAGUUCAGUUUAAGAUUUGAAAAUUAGUCGUACUGAUAAGUGGUCACUUGAACAGCUUAUGAACAUCGUCCUGUCGCAAUUUCCCAAAAGGACGAUAAUUAUUCACAUUUGCCGUUCGCAUUCGAUUUUAACAUUUAGCUGAUAAUUGAAUAUUUAUCACACCGUGACCAUUUCUUAGUCGAUGAAUUUACAAAAGAGUGCUUGCUGGUUGAUAAAACCAAUCGAUAAGAGGCAAAUUGAUAUUCUAGAUACGAUGUAAAAUCAAUACAUGUCUCCAAUGUUCAUUUUAAGCAUCGUAAAUAUCUGAGCAAUCGUCGCACGUCGCCAGAUACUACGUGCUUGGCCUGUCACAUUGCAAUACCACAUGUUAGAACCUAGCUAAGGGUACAGGUUGUUGAAAAAUCUUGAAGAAAUAAACUGGUUUCAUUAGUCAAUAAUACGUUCCACUUCAUUUGCUGAAGAGAUGAUGUUGAUAAAAAUUUCUUAGUUCAUUCUCGAAAUGCGUUUUUUCAUCAGAGGUAUGAUAUUUUAAUGUUUAUGAAAUGAAGUUGAUGCAAAUAUCGACGAAGCAUCACAGGAAACUAUAUAAACCAUAUUCAAAUGCAAUGACAGUAAAACCAUUUUAUGUCUUCCACCUAGUUUUUCAUGUGAUCCUGUAUUAAGGCGAAGUGUCAGAUGCCGAUGAAAACCGUUAAUUCUAUUGACAUACAUAAUGAUUUGAUCGAUUAUAAUUUCGAUUGGAAGGUUCCAAAAUUGUUAACGAAUCAAAAGAUUGUCAGUAUAAUUUAUUACCCUACUAUGUCAUUAUCUUCUCCCGUCGCCCGCAAGUACAACAAACUCUCAAUUUUUCAACACAUUAACUUAAUCAAUCAACACAGCUAAUCAUUUGGAUAUAAACAGAUCUCCAAGUCCCAAUUCAUCUCAAACCUGAAUUAAUCUUUCCUUACUUCUACUAAUUAUUAUACAAAGAUAUACCUAUAUUAAGUUUCCUACUUUUUACAAAAAAGAGAUAAUAAAAAAAAAAAAAAAAAAAAUAAAGAAAAAGAAUGAAUUUAACAACUCCGCCUCACAGUGGUGAAGCAGUCGUGACUUUGUAGUAAAGAUCUAUACAACUGAAUAAUAAGAUAAUAAUUACCGAAAGAUAUAUUACUAACUGUGAAAUUAAGAGGCGUCAGAAAAUUUUUUCAAAAUUUCAAAGGGGAAUUGGAGCUUUCCCUUUGACGCCUCUUAGUUAUAUGAAUUAUUUAGAAGAGAAUUUAAGUAAUUUCGACAUGUAGAUAAUAAUUACUAUACAUUGCACUAUGAAUACGAACACACAACUACGUCACGUAAGAAAUAGUUAUUAGGCGUUAGCUUGUAGCACGUUUUUAAAUUAACAUCUCGGAACACAAAAGUGUUGAGUUUUUUUUUUUUAUCGUGACAAUUGUUUUUUUUGUUUUCAUCUUCUAGUCUGUUCUCGAUACUUAUUGUAAGAUCCGCAUUAUGUAGCAUAAGAUGGUGAGAGUAAUUUUAAUAUCCUUGCAUUCAUUUUGGCUUUGUCUUAAUAUACGACAUACAUCGUUGUCAUUAACAGUACCUUUGACAAAGUUGAAAUGAAUUAGGAAUAGUCCAAUAAUACGCAUCUCAUAUAUUGUAGAUUUAGACAUAAAUAUUGUUAGAAUGCAGUUUUCCGAGUGCUCGUUUACCGUUAUGAAAUGAUCUCACGACAUGUGAUUAACAGUUGUGCAAUCGAAUCUGGAUAUUGCAAUUGAACCGAAUAUUGAAUGGAAAAUAGAUUGAAAAUUAUUGUGUCUAAACUACGAGUUACGAUAUCCACAUUCUGAAAAUUUUGCAAGGAGUAUUCGACAAAUUAUUCGUAUGCCCUAGUUAUUGAAUUUGUUAUUUAUAGAUAAAUUAUAUUACAUAUUGUUAGAUAUCGAUGCUGAUCAUGUUGAAAAAUACUCAUCAAAGUUACGUUGGCUCCGAAUUUUAUUAAUCAAAGUUGAUAAAAAGAAAAAAAAAAUAAUGAAUAAAGCGCCGCUUAGCAUACAUAAUUCAACUGCCUGUAAUCAAUUAUAAAUUUUUGUAGUUCAUAUUGCGAUAGUGAAAGUCUGGAGUAAUUUUUCUCCGUUCCUACGUAGGUCUUGCAAAUGAUUGUUUAUGCACUGUGCAACAUCUUCAUAUCAUCGAGAUAACGACCAAAGAUUUAUAAAUGCAAAUAUUAUCAACUUCCAAGCAUUGCACGUGAAAACCGCGUGAAAUUCACUGAUUUUUUUAGUUGAAGUGAGUUAUAGCACUAAUGCUGAAAAAAUUAAUCAGUUUCACGUGGUUUUCACGUACAACUUACUUGCGCUUCCAAGUCAAUAAGAUCUACAUUUACAUAUCUUUGAUCUUUGUCUCGAUAUAUAUAAAUAUAUAAUAUAUAUACACACGAGGAUGGUCCUUAAAUAGGUAAUUUUCGAAUAUCGACCGGCGCGCCCCCGAAAUCGGCUCCAAAUAAUUCAAAAAUAAUUCUCUAAUUUUUUCAGAUUUUUAUCUCGACUUUAACCCGUGCCCCAAAAAGCUUGGAUUUCCACAUUAAAUAUACCGAACGGAUUUAGAUGAAAUUUGGUGUAAGGUGGGUUUUUUGUGUCGCUGAUUACGAAUCUGAUCUCAAAAGUCACUUGCCAUAUAAAAGAUAUUGCCAUAUUGGAUCCACCAGUUUGAAUAUUUUAAUUUUGAGUUCAGUUUCGUUAUUCUGAGAUUCAAUAAACCUGCCUAUACCAUGGGGGGUUUUAUGUUAAUCCGUUUGGUAAAUUUGACUGCCCUUGAAAGGGUUGAAUGGAAUCCACCCUCUUUGGGGCACGGCUUAGAGUUGAGAUAAAAAUUUGAAAAAAUCGGAAAAUUAUUUUUAAAUUAUCUGGAGCCGAUUUGGGGGGCGCACAUGUCGAAAUUUACAAUUGACCUUUUUGAGGACCACCCUAAAUUAUUAUAUAUAUAUAAUAAUGUUAUCGAUUAUUUAUUGAUAUAAUGAAUAUUAGGUAUAAUCGAAGAUUUUAUGUAGCUGGUGUCCGAAUAACAGAGUUUAAAAUUACGUACAGAUUCAGAAUGCAAAAAUGAAGAAGCAUGUUGAAAUGUAUGUAUAGAAGCAUACGCAAUGUUGAUGCAAUUUUUUACCUUUCAAUAGCAUUUUCUUCAUUUUAUAUCCGAAUCCAUACACAAUUUUACACGAAAAAGACACCAGGGACAUAAUAAUUCCUAUGUAAAUAAUAUUUUCUUUCACUUUAAAUUUUACUCACAAAGAGAUAAUAAUUUUUGAAGACGUUAAAUUAUUGCUUUGCAUAUUUCAUCAUACAACGAUAUAUCAAUGGACCUAAUUUUUACUAUAGAAUUUUAUUGCUCUCGCGAACGUACAACAAAAAGUUGAGUUCUACUAAACGUUGAUAUGAUUAAUAUAAUUAGUAUAUUAGCUUGCAGUUAAAUUUUAUCAUUUCUCUUUUCUAUGACAAAGCGAAGAAAAGGGAAUAACAAAUUGCGGCCUUUUUUUUGGCAUACUGCACUUAACGGAUGACAAACUGUUGUUGUUGUUAUUAUUAUUAUUAUUAUUAUUAUUAUUAUUAUUAUUAUUAUUAAUAAUGUAUACUGUGUAUUAUGUUACCAAUUUCAAAAAUUUCUUCACGCUAUUACACAUGCGACGAAAUUUAAGCCUUUUGUCUGUACAUUUGCCGUAUUAAAUUUGAACGAAGUAAUAUAUUAUUCAGUUCGAUACGCAGCAUGAAUUUUCUCCCGGUUAGAUAUGUGGAAUUUGAAAAUUUUCCCACCGCUAUUGAUGAAAUAUGAUGUGAAGUGGUGGAAUGUUAAUUGCAAGCAGUCGGACACACACGCAUCAUUUAACACUUAUGGCGCAAUACGCAAGGGACAACUGAUCCUCCGUAUGACGGUAUUAUGUAUUUUGCAAUAUAUUGUACAUACAUACGGUAUUAUAUAUACAUUGUUUCAACGAUCUUUUUAAACAUUUAAAGUUAAGGGAGUAUAAUAUAGCGUAAUAAGAUACGUCUCUUACGCAUAAGGCACGGAGCACACACAUUUACGACAUCAUUAUACCAACAGGCGUGUAAAUUUAUAUAAUAAUAAUACCAAUUAAACAAAAUGUUACUACGUGGAAAAAAAAAUUUAAUUCGUAUUGAAGAAAAGGAGGAGGUAGGAAAGGAAGGAAUAAGAAAUCAACAAUC